UAUUUUUGCACGUCCGCGAUGGCUGUGUGGUGCGAGGCUGCGGGUGGUGUCAGAGGAGUGGUGCUGGACAUCAGCGGAGUGCUGUAUGACAGUGGGGGCGGUGGAGGUGUCCCCAUCUCUGGCUCCACAGACGCGGUGAAAAGGAUCAAGGAGUCUGGCUUGAAGUUGCGAUUCUGUACCAAUGAAACGCAGGCCACCCGGGAGAAAUUUGUGGCGAAGUUGCAGACCAUGGGGUUUGACAUAGCUGUUGGUGAAGUUAUUGCUCCUGCCCCAGCAGCCUGUCGAAUUUUAAAGGAGCGAGGACUCAGACCACACCUUCUUGUACAUGAUGGUCUUCUACCAGAGUUUGACCAGAUUGAUCAAUCAAACCCGAACUGUGUAAUAAUCGGAGAUGCUGCAGAAAACUUUUCCUACGAAAACAUGAACAGGGCGUUUCAGCUUCUGAUGCCUGGAAAACCUCUCCUGUUCUCACUUGGGAGAGGGCGCUAUUACAAAGAAACUGACGGGCUGAAGAUUGAUGUUGGUGUUUAUAUGAAGGCCUUGGAGUACGCCUGUGAUAUUCAAGCUGAGGUUGUGGGAAAGCCUGCAAAUGCAUUUUUCUUAUCCGCGUUAACAUCCAUGGGAUUGGAGCCACAUCAGGCCAUCAUGAUUGGGGAUGAUCUUGUGAACGAUGUAGGUGGAGCCCAGCAGUGUGGUAUGAAGGGAGUCCAAGUAAGAACGGGCAAGUACAGGCCAUCUGAUGAACAGCACCCAACAGUGAAGGCAGAUGGUUACGUGGACAAUUUAGCACAAGCAGUUGACAUCCUCCUGGAACAUUUAAACAAGUAACGCAGCAAAGGACCGUGAUACCUAGAAAACUGAACUGAGGAUAACAGGUCAAUUUACAGGGAAAAUUUACAAAUUAAUUUGGUGUUUCACGUCAUCCACUUGAUUGUCUUUGUUUGGUCUCACCUGAAAAGGCUGUUAAGAGAUGAGUGUGCAUGCUUGUCCCUUUUGAAGAUAGUUUUACUUACACAAGCUGUAGUCUGUCAAAAUUAAUGUAACUUUUGUUUACAGUCACAUUGAGCUAAUGCUGAAUUGUAGAAACGAAGAGGCUUUGUUUACUAGCAAUGCUGUGAAAUUUAAAUGGACACUAUUACUGAAUCUUAACCAGAUGUGAGUAAUUCAUGCUGUAUUCUUGCAUUNAAAAAAAUCGGAUCUAAAGUU